AUGGGAGAUCGGGGACUUAAUGACCCAAGUCAAGAGAACCAAAGAGUCGGAUUGCAACUACAAUGCACCAUAAAAAUAAAAACGGAAAUAGUUAUAUUACUGGGGGGCAGCAAGAGGCAGGCAAGAUGGGCUUUAGAUGGCUUCUCCUUAAGUGGCUCCUGCAAAAGGCCAUAUGGGUGUUCCUCUUGAGUCUGGCAGACACGGGCUCAAAUCCUAAUUUGGCCCUGAAUCCAUAAAUCAGGAUUGACUAACCUUUGGCCUGCCAUAUGUUGUUGGACUAAAAUUCCCAUCAUACCUGACCGUUGGCCAUGUUUGGUAGAGCUGAUGGGAGCCGUGGUCCAACAACAUCUGGAGCAACAUCGGUUUCCCAUCCCUGCUCUAAUGGGUAAGGUUGGCAUCAGCAGAGAAACAGUAUGUUCACUGUUGCUGAUUUUCUCCACAAUGCAGAGUUAUCCAAGAGGGUGUUAGGUGUGUUCCGGAGCCUGUAUUUGAGCUACGUGAAAUAACAGCAGUGCUAGAAUAGUUCUGGGCAUGGACUUGAGAGGGGGUUUUAGAACAUGUUCCAGAUUUCUCUGCAGUGUGUAGAAAUUUCUCAGCAGACUGAAGUGGAAAGGGGGUACUCAAAUCUGUAUUUUGCUCCCUGUGUUGUGUAUUAAGGAGAUGAGGAUUGAAGCCCUUUGCCCAGUAAGGAGGUAAUAGUGUAUUCGGUUUUUGCACGAGUCAAUAGGUUCAGAAUUGCAGUCUUAAAUUCUGCAAGUAAAGGCCUUCCUUUCUCUUUUGGUAAAGUAAAAGUUGUUUCCUUUAUGCAACCAAAUUAAGCCCUCUAUUUUGGUUUCUGAAAAGGUUAGGAGGGACUAAAUUACACAGCUCUGGCUGGACAAUUCUUUCAACGUAUAUUUAUGUGAUUUGCUGUAAGCACAAAUGAGAGUUCAGUAGGCCCUUCGAAUAGGGAUUGAGAGGUGGCAGGCAAAAUACCGGUGUGAGAGUUUGAUAACUUGUCACAUGCACACUAUAGCCCAUGCUGGAAUUGAAAAAGUGUUUGGUCUCAUACAGGGGUUGAGUAAAAUGGAACUGAGACCCAGGAAGGAAUGAGAAGGUCUUCAGAGUAUAUGCCAUUUUGUAAGCGCAAGUCAAAGAUGUUCUAACAUAAUUCCACACAGCUUCCAUACUGGAGAAGGAGGUGGGCUUUUUGAGGGGGUGUAUGUGUGUGUUGAAUCAGCCUCUGAAGGUGGCAACUGGACCUCUGAAGCAGCUGCAAGCUCAGAUUGUGAAGUGGGGACCCUUCCAACAAAAUGUUCUUCCAUGAAGUGAGCUCAUAUUGGAUCCAAGUAACAGCCAGAGGGGAGGGGAGAGGGCCUGUGUGAAAAUGAAAGGAAGGCCUGAGCUUUCCCAGUGCCUGGAGUAGCUCUUGCAGGUCUCAUUUAAAUCCCCAAUCAGACCACGAUCUGGAUACUUGGGCUGCAAUUCCAAAACAUGGUAUUUAUUAAAGCUUGCAUAUCCCACCUUUUGUGCCACGAGCGCUCCAAGGUGGCUAAUGAGCGUAACGAGAGUCAAAUAAGCAACAGAACAACACCAAAAGCAGCAAGGAGAAGGCCAGCAUCACGGCUAAGAAGAUAGAGAUCUGUUCCUUACUCCAAGGGCUUCAGAAGGUCAAGCAACAACACUGUCUGCCUGGUGACAGAAGGCUUGACAGAAAAGGACUGAAAUAAGUAUCCUUCGGAAACAGAAUUCAGCUGGUAAGAGAGUUACUACUAUUUCUGUACUGUCUGCCCAGUUGUUCAAGUGCUGGUGACUUCCAGAUUACUGCAAUGUCACCUGGAAACUGCAGGUAGUGUGAAAUGUGGCAAGUUGGCUGCUCAUUGGAGCCAAAUAUCCCCAUCGUGUUAUGCUACUGCUAAAAGAAUUGCACAUGCUGCCACUUAGGUACUGGGUUCAGCUCACGGUGCUAGUACUGGUGCAUGAAGUCCUACAUGAGUUGGGACUAAGACAGCUAAAAGAACAUCUUGCCCUUUAUAUACCUAAUGUAUCACUGUACUUAGCAAAGAAAGGGCCCACUGCAGAUGAACCUUCUCAUCAAGAGGUCCAUUCCGUACAAUGUUGGAUUUGGACCUUGACUGUGGUGGCCCCUCUGCUUUGGAACUCCUUCCUGUUCCUGCAUAUCAGGCGCUGCCUCUCUUGUCUUUUCAGUGCGUUUUCUCUUUCACCAAACCUACGAAGGUUAGAUCUUUAUCUCGGUGUCAGCCUUGGAUUUGAAAUUGUGUGUGUCUGUGUGUAUACAUGCAGUUGUUUUACAUAUGUUUUUGUGAUACAGUCAGACCUCGGCUCCUGAAUACCUCCGUUUCAGAACGUUUCGGUUUCCGAACACCAAAAACCCAGAAGUAAAUGCUCCAGUUUUCGAACGUUUUUUGGAAGCCGAACAUCCGACGCGGCUUCUGCUUAAGUGAAGGAAGCUCCUGCAACCAAUCAGAAGCUGCGCCUCAGUUGUCGAACAUUUUGGAAGCCGAACGGACUUCUGGAACGGAUUACGUUCGGCAACCGAGGUUUGACUGUAUUGUGAAAUGCUUCAUAGGAAAAGAUUCAUAACUAGCAAUAGUAUUAAUACUAUGUUUAGGAUCAGUUACUGAAACUACCAUCAUGAAACUAACCUUUGCUCAUAAGCAAGAAUCUCAGAAUUUGUUUGUUGAUUAGCAUUCUCAACUUCAGAGAUGGGUGACAGUGUGGACAGAUGCAUCCUUUUAUGACAGGACUGGCAUGAAGGUAAUAUUGAGAGUAUAGUUUUUAAUUAAGUCUAGUUGAUGCAAUUGCCUUUUUUGGGUAGACUUGGCCCAUUGUCAACAUUUUGUUACAAACUGGUAGCAGCAGUAGCACGUUCUUCACAAACCGCAGCUGCUGUUUUUCUUUCCUUUUUGCAUACGAUUAAAAUUUGACUACUUUAAUAUUUAGAAUAGUUCUGUUCCCACCCAGAGGCUAUUUUGAUUAUCUCAUAAAAAAGGGCAGAAUUAUUCAUGUCUUGGUUUAAUUUAAUUUUCCCUUAAUGUAGCCAUUUGAAUUAAUGGAAACUUGAUAAAACUGUAAGAUGCAGGGUAAAAGGCACAGAAUUAUUAAGUAUGCUGAAGCUCAGAACAAAGUGCUAUACUUAAUAAGGCUUGUGAUCUAUCUUGACACUUACAUUCAGGCCUUUCAGACUCAGCUGCAGAAAAUUACAAAAACUAAGUCUAGAAUGGACUACAAGAUUCCUGUGUAUGGAAACUUUUUAUGUGCAUUAGAUCACAUCAUUGAUCUAAAAAUAAAUGCUAAAUAGUGUUUAAAACAGAAUUUAAUGAGGGGGUUCUGUUGUUACCUGGACUUCUGAUGUUUCCUUCAUGGUGCAGAAGAACCUAGCUCUCCAAAGCUAGGAGUGUCUGCAGUGCACUUAGAGGCCCAUCCUACUACAUCUUUUCCUGAAAGUAAAUCUCACUAUGAUGUUGAUUUUAAUAUACUGUACAUGAAAAAUCCAGGAUAAGUCACUGCACCCCACUGCCACCAAGGAGUCGCUCAAGAAUCAUACAAAUAUAGAAGCUCACAUAAAGACAAUUAUCCAAGUAGAUAAGUAGAAACCAUCAGAUUGCCACUUAACAGGAACCUAAACAUCUGGCAGUGUACAAAAAACCAGGAAGAAAUGGCACAGGGAUGGCAUCAUUGUGGCGGUAUAUUUCCCAUCAGGGAAAAAGGUGAGGUAUAAAUAAAUAUUUAUUUAUUUAACAACAUUUAUACUUUUCUUUAUUGUAAAAAGCAACCACCAUCAAAGCGGCUUAUAAAAAGAUAAAAACGGGGGGGGGUGACAAUACGCUAAAGCCUGACAAGUUGUAAAAAUACUGAAACCGAUUAAAAUUCACACCAGCAUUUCUAAGCAAACAAGCACGCCUUUAGCAGGCUCUCAAAACAAAACAGCGGAAGUGCCUGUUUGAAUUAUCAAGAGGCAGGGAGUUCCACAGCGUAGGUGGCGGCCGCAGCAUCCCCUCCUAGAGUCGCCUGCGUAGAGUCCGUCUUCGGGUUGGGACUACAUCUCCCAGCAUACACUUCGGUCGCCUCAAAGCCCGCUUUCGCUUCUUCGCCGCUUUGCAAAACGAAGCGGGCGGGGGCGGGGCGGAACUCUGGGAGAGGCGUGGCAAGCGCACGUGACCGAUUCCGUCUCUUCCCCCCCCCCCCGCUUCUCUCAGGCGACGGCUGCGACGACGUGGAAAGAUGGAGGCGGUUUGAGUUCCGAGCGGCUGGCUGACUGAAAGGUUCGCUCGCGGGCGCGCGCGCGCCCGACUGCGUACGUAGCCCGCCCCCUCCCACAAAUGUAGAAGAGGCGGGGCCGCGCUUUCUCUCUCCCCCCUCACGCGAGCGAGCCGCGGAGGCGCGCAAGCAAAGAGUCCCUGAGGAGAAUCCCGCGGGGCGCCGGAGGGGAGCGUCAGGUUCCGUUCCCGCACUCCCCCUACCGACUCAGCCCACCCCUUUCUCGGAGCCCGGAGCCCGGUGAGUCGCGGCCGCCUCCUCCUCCCUCAGCUUCAUGCAGGGCUUCCCUGCUUAGCAUCCCCUCUCUGAGGCCGGGAGGGACGGGAGGACAGCCCUUCGUGUGUCGCAGGGAUGAGGGGAGGGGCCCCUUUUUGUAGCCAUGACAGUUGGUGGGGAGGUCAGGUGAGUUUGGGGGCACGAGGGGUCAGGGGGGGAGGGGAGAGAGGUGGCUUAUUUAUAUAGUUAUAUGCUGCUAUAUAGAUAGACAUUUGCCUCUACAGUGGAUCCCAACCUUGGGGGGGGGGGGCUGUGCCCCACCUAAGCAUCUCUAAAAUCCUGAUCCCCACCCCCAGUGCCAAAUUUACAUAUAAGCUAAAACAAGCUGUAGCUUAGGCCCCCACACUCUUGAGGGCCCCAGAAAAAAUUAACCGGGGGAAAAAGUGUUUCUAAAGGAACUUUUGUUAUUGCCAAAUGUCAAUGUGUUUGCAUUAUUAAUAAAAUAAUAAUAAUAAUAAUAACGUUUUAUUUAUAUCCCGCCCUCCCCAGCCAAAGCCGGGCUCAGAGCGGCUAACAACAGUAAAAUGAUACAACAUUCUAAACAAUCAUUUCAUUAUAAAGUUUGUUAUGAAUAAAAAAUCAUUUUAAGUUAGAGCUUAAUAAUUAUUUCACUCUUAAUAUACUUCUUAAUUAUAUUUCAGUUCAACAAUGCUUUGAUAAAAUACAUAUUUUGUUAUGUGCAAAUGGCUUUAGAUACCCAUUAGGUCCAUAAAUGACCAUAUAACAUAUAUUCAACACACAAAACAGUGACAAUUUGUUGUUGACAAAGGACAGCUGGACAUAUAAAGGGCCCCAUUACCUUCAGUAGCUUAGGGCCUCAUCAAAUCUAAAUCCGGCCCUGAUGCUCCCUCUGUGACAUACAAUUCUUAUUAUUCAAAAAGUGAACUAUGCACGUGGAGGAAGCCUAAUAAGCCAUUAACUGAUAAUAAGUCAUUCUCGAAUUGCCCCCACCCCCAAAAUCAAACUGCCCCACAUUGGGAAACAUGGCUCUCUACAGGAAGUAAUGUAAAUAAGAAGAAGAAAUGCACAGUUGAAAAUGAGCAAUUCAACAUUUAAAGGCUGGAAACAUGCCUGCAGCUGCGUGCCUAAAGAAGGCUGUAGUUUUAAGGGAUAGCUCGGUCGAUAAAGCACGGGGCACUGUCGCUCUGAAUCUCAGAGUUGUGGGUCGAGCCCCAUGUUGGGCAAAAUAUUCCUGUGCUGAAGGGGGUUGGACUAGAUGACACUUGUGGUCCCUCACAACUCUACAACAGGUGUGAAUUUAGGGCAGCGUGACUGGUUCCGCCGUUGCAUUGAGUGCUGAGCCUAGUGGGCGCUGCUAUGACAUAGUGAAUUGAGAGGCAGGGGAAUGCUGAGUUUUUGACUCUCACAGGACGCUGCUGAAAUUUGAAAGACCAAACCCUGCCCCUGUCUACAAUUUCUAUGGAUUGGUGCUGAGGAAUCAUAGAAUUGUAGAGUUGGAAGGGACCACUAGGAUCAUCUAGUCCAACCCCCCUGCAGUGCGGGAAUAUUUUGAACCCACGGCCCUGAGAUUAAGAGUCUCAUGCUCUACCAACUAAGCUAUCCCAGAACUUCUGAUGGCGGUGAUGGCUAGGGGAUACCCAACUCAAGAAGGGGAACUGGAUAAGUUUCCCCUGCACACACAGAUAUACCUCCUCCCACUUUAUAUAGUGCACACAGCAUGUUUCUCUCACACACUGAUAGUCUUAUGCAGGCUUACUCAGGAGUGAGGUCCUCCAGUGUUAAGUGAGUCUAGCUCUUGGGUAAAUGUGCACCGGCUUGUGUCCUGUGUUAAUCUAGAGUAAAUUACCCCCUUAGUUUUGUAGCCUUCUCUUGUAUGAUUCUUUGCUUUAGAAAGAAGAAGUACCUGUUUUUCUAACCACUCUUAUUGUAAAUAUAACAAGGUGGUUAAAUAGACUAUAUCUGUACUACCUGCUAUUGAGGCAUCCAUCUGGGUAGCUAGAGCAUUUUUUUUAAAAAAAAUUAUUCCCUUUGUCAGCUUUAACAUGUAUAUGAGCAAGGUGAGUGGUGGGUUAAUUAAUAGGGAGUGCAGUCAGUUCGUUUGCUUUUUUAAAGUAUACCUCAUUUCUUUCACCGUGAAGGGCAAGCAUAAAUGGUGUUCUUAGGUGGUUGCCCAUCCAGGCACUAGCUAAACUGCAGAGUGCAGACCUAGCAGUUCAAGAGCACACCAGGUGCUCUGUCGGGAAGGUAAACGGCGUUUCUGUGUGCUCUGGCUUCCGUCACGGUGUUCCGUUGCACCUGAAGCGGUUUAGUCAUGCUGACCACAUGACUCGGACAGCUGGCCACAUGCUGGCUCCCUCAGCCUGAAAGUGAGAUGAGUGCCGUACUCCAUAGUCGCAUUUGACUGGACUUAACCGUCCAGACAGAAACCUGUUUUGCUUCAGCAAGGUAUCUCCUUCAGGUACCUUCUGACCAUACCUUGGGUGUGUCCUUGAUUAUGCCUGGCAGUAAGUUUUGAACUUGCCAGUACUGAAUUUCAAUGAUAAAUUCCUGUAAGUAAGAGCAUACAUGCAGGGCAUGGUACUGUGAUCUAGCAUAAUUGUAGAAAUGUUUAUGAGGCAGAGAAAAUGGGGCUGAUCGCAAACUGCUUUCUUUUGAAAAUUAAUGGUAUCAAUGACAGUUGGUUCAUUGCUAAAUCUGUAGUCUGAGUAAGGUAGGGAGUGUGGACCUAGGGGUAAACCUUAUUGAGGUGUGCUGGUGCCAAAUAUGAUGAAGUUUGCCAGUUUUUCAAAUGCUGCUUCCUCAUCACAAUAUGCAGUUAAAUGGAAAAGCAUCAGUCUGGAGAUGGAGGCUGGUAUAACAACUCCUAAAAUAGAAUAACUGCUAUUGGGAUCAUAAUCUUGAUUUAUGGUAAUUUUUCUCACGCAUCCCACUUGCAGAUGAAAAUAGACCUUCAUGACAUUGUGUUCCUUAGACAUGGGUGUGCAAAACCUAGUUUCCAAUCCUAGUUGUAGAAAGGUUUGCUUAACUGCAGUUAACAUUGCUACCAGCGUAAAGUUUAACCAUGAUUAGGUUUAGACCAUGUCUAAAAAUAUUGUAACAUUUCAGGUUAUUCUAUUUUCACCUAGGUGUAUUGAUGUGAAGGGCAAUGGGUGUAGAAGUGCUAAUCACAUAACCACACUCCUUAGUAUUUCCUUGCCUGAGUAAGAUACAUCUCAUUCUAUGGUCUGCUUGGGUUAUGACCUGUGUUCCAGCUAUCUUAUUUUACAGCUUCUGUUCCAGAUAACCUUACAGAGCCAUCAUACUGAUAAGAACAGACCGUUACUUACUGUGACUCUAAAAGUGAAUGGAUUCAGAGUGGUGUUCUAGAGCACUGUUCAUGUUAAAGUUCUGUUGUCUAUAGUGUGCUUGAUAUGACAGAAGAAGAGACUGCAAGACACAUUUGCAGCGACGUUUGGUCUUGGAGCUUAGGUUCUUGACCUUGGGCCAGACUUAGUCUCUCAACAUCACCUAUUUACUAGGACAGUUGUGAGAAUGUGUGCAAAAUAUUCCACCAUAUAUAUUCCCCUGAGUAUCCAGGAGGAAGGGCAUUUUGUAAACAUGGUAAAUUAUGAGAGAGAAACUAUGACCAUUCUAUACAAAGUUCUUGAAUUUCCAGCACCACCACAGUAGAAAAGUUCCAGUUAUGGUGAUACAGUUGUUACUGGAUUUGGGAUUUCAGUGCUUUGUAGACAAUGAACACAUUGUGAGUUGUGUAUAUGGAAUGGUCAUUGUACGCAGCCUGUACACUAAGUAAGGAGCAUCAAAAUUUACCUACUGUUUUAGAACUGGUGUAUACUGGGGUGAAUGUCCACUGCAAACUGUAUUAUUUGCCUCAGUCUUUCCUUCCUGGUGGGUGGUUAUUCUGAGAUUUUGCACUUGUGCUUGUAUUUGCUUCUUUCAAAAUGUUUACUACGCCAGUGCUUGUCCCCACAGUGUUUCCUCAGAGACUUAAGCAGUGUUAGAAACUCAGAUGUGUAAGCUAAUCAGCAAAUGGCAUCUUAAGCCUAAGUUACAGUCGCCACAACAGUAUGUCUAGGCACCUUUAUAUUUUUUGCAAUGAUAUUUUAAAAUUAUCAUCAUCAUUAUUCAUUUUCAUUUCUAUACUGCUUUAUAUUUUGAAGAAAAAACAUCUCAAAGUGGUUCACAACACAUUAGAACAUCAAAUAAAACAAUCCAGGAUUAAAACAAAUGAAAGCUUCAAGGAAAAUAUUUCAGAUCCUUCUCCAAGUGACAUUUUGCUUUCCCCAUAUUUGUUCAACUAGUUAAUAUAUAUAGCUGCCCCCAUAGUAGAAGAACUCUAGGAAGCCAGUGUGGUGUAGUGGUUAGUGUGUCAGAUAGGAACUGGGAGAUCAGGGUUCAAAUCCCCACUCUUGUCAUGAAGCUCACUGGGUGACAGUCAGUCACAGCCUCUUAACCUACCUCACAGGGCCGUUGUAGGGAUUAACUGGUGAGGCGGGUGAGCCAUGUACCCAUUGGAGAAAAAGGUGGGGUAUAAAUGCAAUAAAUAAGCUCUUCUGCUUAAAAGCUGAUGGGGCCAGCCCGAUGGAGAUGUCAGGUGUCAUCCUGGCAUCCAGAAAUGCCCAUGUGGUCGCAAUUGGACCCAUCCCAGUAGCAAAACACACCUGGACAUAAGAUAUCCUGGUAAGGUGGCUGUCUUGCAACUUUCUUUUUCUGAAGAGUAAAGCUCUUUCUGUAGAAUAAGAUCAUAAAGAACCAUUUUCAGUUUGAGAGUGCUUCGUAAUGUUUCUGAGUACUGUAGUCUUUUUUGUGCCUUUUCUAGUUUUGUAGUUUACUAGCAAUGUGAUUGAGCAGAUAGUGAUAUCUAUUUCCAGUUCUUUUCUACAUCCAGAUUACUUUAUUGUACACAUUCUCAGCAGGGAAAGGAAACAGUUUAAUACAUCUUAAAUACACUUUUCCUGAACAGUUUGUAUAAACUUGCUGAAUACUUGUAUCCGGUACUAGUUCAUAAAAUACUCAAAGCAUACACUUGCUCAUUAUGGAGGCAUACUGUGUAUAUGGUGUCCUGUAGCACUAUGGUAAUAUGACUACGUAAUUCACAAUUUCUGUUCAGGCUCCCAGUAACUUGGUAGCUUAUAUUUCCAUUGUCGCUCACGGUGCUCUUAAUAGGUUAUCUUGCUAGCUCAAUUGCAGAUAGCAGAACUAACAGUUUAUUGCCAAAGGCCAGCUGGUAAAAUGUGUAUACCACUGUGAAAGGCUUUACAAUUUCUGCAUUUUUGUAUCCUGAGGUACUCUUCAUAGUUUUUUAAUUUGGCAGAGAAGAUUUGAUGGUGUGUAUUGCCUUUUCCUCUAGGGCUAUAUAUGCUACGGUGAGCUUGACUCUCUGAGUCUGUGAUGGUCUUCUAAUUGCUUAACUUGUUCCAUUCCUGCAGACUUGCUACUGGAGGAAUGACAAACUAUUUGACUUUACUAUUCCUUUAUGCACUUGGGAGCAAAAGUGUUGCAUCUGCUUUGUAGUGCUGGUGUAAUGGUUUUAUUUGCAUUUCAUUGCUUGACAAAUUACAUUUUUUAACUUUGGUAUUCAGGGCUCAAGAAAAAAGGGUAGUAGAUAAAAGAUGCUUAGAAUGAAAUCCUCAUAAGCAGCAGCAGCAUGCACACUCUUAACCCAAAGGUAAAAUGUAUGUUAAGUCUCAGAAUCCCACAAGCUUGGAAUGUGCCAGGUUGCUUUUGCCCAGUACAGUGGUACCUCCGGUUACAGACGCUUCAGGUUACAGACACUUCAGGUUACAGACUCCUCUAACCCAUAAAUAGUACCUCGGGUUAAGAACUUUGCUUCAGGAUGAGAACAGAAAUUGCGCGGCGGUGGCAGCGGGAGGCCCCAUUAGCUAAAGUGGUACCUCAGGUUAAGAACAGUUUCAGGUUAAGAACGGACCUCCAGAACGAAUUAAGUUCUUAACCCAAGGUACCACUGUACUUAUUUCCAGAAUUUUAGGGCCUGUUCAUGUGUGCUUCUCCUUAGGGUAACAUCUUCCCUUCUUCCCCUUAUUAUGAGUCCAUGGAAGCCCUGUAUUUAUCUGAAUGUGGGAUCUCUCAGUGCCCUUGUUUUUUUCUACCUGUGGUGAGGGUAGCAAGUGUAGGUAUACAGUCCUAAAGGCACAAUCCUACUUGCUGCAGAUAAAAUUUGAGGGCGUAAGUAACUGGCAAAGGCUGCCAUAUAUCAGUCUGAGAACCAUAUCUACCUUCGUUUCCAGGAUACUGCACUUGCCUUUAAGCUGCUUUCCAGCCAAAUUACGCUGAAAAAUUUGUGGAUACAACAGUUUGCUUUCCAUACUGAAGAGAUAACACUCCAAAGGAAAGGAGGUGGACAGUUGCUUCUGUGUCCUACUUUCUUCCAUAUGUUUUAUUCAGGAACAGCAUGCAAUCUUAUUUUCUCACCGCCAGAAUCUUAACAGUCCUUAUAAGCAAUUUCUAGUAAGGUAGCUGUCUUCGUUUGUUGCAGCAAAAAAGAACAAAGAACCUUGUGGCACUUUAAAGACUAACAAAUUUGUUAUGGCGUGAAUCAUAGAAUUGUAGAGUUGGAAGGUACCCUGAGGAUCAUCUAGUCCAAUCCCCUGCAAUGCAGGAAUAUGCAGCUGUCCCACAUGGCGAUCAAACCUGCGACCUUGGUGUUAUCAGCACCAUGCUUUAACUAACUGAGCUAUCCGUAGGAGGCCUUGAAACUUCACUGGGCAGCCUGGACUCAGCUUGGAUCCUGGUUUCUCUACACCAAACCUUGUUGAGAAGAUAAAAUGUGGGGUGGGGAGGGAGCCCUGUUCAUGCCACCUGAAGGUCCUUGCAAGAAGGAAGGCAGAGUAAUAUACAUUGGACAGAUACUGAGAAAUACCUUGCACAAUUACAGUUGAUAGGACAAAGUAGAAUAGCAUUUUGGAAGUGGUUGUUCUAUGAGCAUCUGUUGCCUGAUUUCCCUUCAAAUCCUUUUUUUACAUGGCAGAUGUCAUUAUUUUUGUGUUCCUUUCUACUGCCAGGCCCCCUGUUGCUCAGUCUGGUUUACAAAUAAGUAUAUUUUGUAGUAUUUCUUUAGCUGUUCUCUAUAUAACACCACUUAAGUUCUUCAGGUCUGCUUAGUCAGAGAUGUAUGUCUGGUGAAGACACUGCAGAGUGUUCCUGAUAUUAGGUGAUCGAGUCAAGCUGGAUAUUAUCUAGGGAGAUGUACAAUACCAGUUCUCAAAUGUUCUGUCACACUCUUAAGAGAGCAGUCCUAUUUAAUACUGGGGAGGAAAGCUGGAUCUACACUGAUCUAAAAAAAUGCUAAGGAAAAAAGGUUAUAUAGCUCACAAUGCAAUUUUCCGUUUACUGCUGUAUAGCGCUCCCGGUGUCACAUUUUAAUAACGCAUUUAUAAUGUUAUACAGUAGAACCUCUACUUACGACCGCGUCUACAUGGGCCUGGUCCAAGUUGUGACCGCGGCAAACCCAGAAGUAAAUACUGGGUUUGCCGCGAUUCGCGCACACGCAGAAGUGGCUGCCGCCGUCUGCACAUGCACAGAAGCGCGCUGCCACCGAAUGCUCCUGCGCACAACGGCUCUUCUACCAGCAACCCGAAUUGACUUACGGAUGGACCUCCGGAACUGAUUACGUCCAUAAGUAGAGGUUCCACUGUAACUCACCAGUACUGUAUAGAUUAGUUCUAAGUCUCAUUGAACUCAGUGGGACUUUCUGUUGAACAGUCAUAUAUAGGAUUGCCCUGUAAGGGCAAGAAGCAGAACCUAGCACUGAGUUAUGUGUUAAAGAGUAGGCUUUAUUGUUAGUGACCUGGAGCCAGUUUAGCCCCAUAACUCCAGUGGUGUGUCUUGAGUGCACCCCUUAGUUUUCUCCCAUUCCCCACCAUGGGGAGAGGCAGGCAUAGUACUACAUUUGGGAGUGGGGGCACUGUUGCAUGAGGGUCAUAAUUCAGUGCUGGAGCAUGGGCUUUGUAUGCAGAGGUCCCUUGCUUCAGUCCCAUCUCCAGUGGAAAGUAUUUCAGCAGGGCCAGGAAUGACCUGUGCACGAGUCUUAGGAGAGACUCUACCAGUCAGAAUAGAUAGAACAAACUUAAAUGGAGCAUGCAAGGCAACUUCAUAGGAAGGUGAAAGCUGCCUGCAUCCUGAAAAUGGAUGGCCUGAUCCUGUGUGAUAGGUAUACCACAGGUACAUGUGCCCCUCUUCCCAGAAGAUCUUGCAAUGUAGAAACCCUCCCUCCUUGUGUAUCUGUCUCAUCAUGAUGAUCAGUAUUUUGCUGUCAAGUCAUAAACAUGUCAAAAGCAAAAGGAUCCAGAUAACUGGGAUAUUGUAUGCCUGUGUGCAUGUGCCAAAAUAUUUAAUAGGUAUUCUGGAAAAGUAGUAGCAGCCACAGGGCAUGUCAUGGUGGAUUUGCUCAAGUUUGACUUUAAUGAUUUUUGACUAUGGAUUUGGAAGUUUACCAUUUGUUGUAACUUGUCUUCCUAGCUUAUGCCCUGACAGUGAGCAGAAAGCAAAUAGGAUGGGCAGCUUUCUAACUUGUAUAACUGAAAGUCAAAGUGAUAUUGUUAAGAGUUUUACAUGACAAUGAUUCCUUUCUACUCAUGACUUUCCCCUGCUGUGUCAUAAUGAUUAACUUUUAGGGUAGCUCAUAAAGCAGUGCAGAAACCUGAAUUUAAAGAUGUAUAUGUAGGUGAAUUCCUAAGAUACAGGAAAACAGGAUAGUUGUUCGGUCAAUGGAGAUGCAUAAAAUGAAGGCAUCUGGCUUGAACAUUUUUGCUAUUCUAGUGCAGCAUCAAAAUAAUGAAAUCUCAGAAUAUCCAAGUAGACCUUACAUAGAAACUAGGUAUUUUCAUUGAACAAAGAAACAAACAAAAACAACAGCAAAGGCACCACCCUGGAUUAAAAUUUCAGAUAAAAUGUAUUCUAACAUCAUGCCAUGGUAUUCUGUGACAACUGCUACACUUUGCAAACUUGCAAAAAUGUGGUACUGGUUCAUGGUAAUUUAAAAUAGGUAGUGAGGCAUAUGGCAGGGUGAACUUAAAUGAAUUGAUAGGGAAUUGAAAUUACUGUAAAUAUACUUUGUAAUGUAGAAGUGGAUGGGCAGCCACCAUACCCAAGCAACAUUGUCUUUGCAGAUGACUUGUAUUAUAACUGUAAGCAUUUGUGGCAGACUUUAGGCAAUCAUUUGGUUGCGGAAUAAUGUGUUGCAAAACAUUAGGUUAGAGUUGCAGUUAGUGUUGGAAAUGUCCGUUGCGACUCCACUUAUGCUGUAGGCUGCUGUACCUGCAUGAGAAGGGUAGAUAGAGAGGGGCCUCCAAGUUUCCUACACUAUCCUGGUGCUGACUCGUUGAACCAUAGAACUUCCUUCAGUGUUAGACUGAUUCUCUUAGGGUUGCUGAGCUGACCUCCCUCCCUCCCUUCUUCCUCCAUGCUUCUCUGCAGAACAGACAUACUUGAAAUGAAACAGAAAGCAUGGCUUUUUGCAUAUGCUAGAUAGGAAAGAUCCUAGUUCUAUCAAACAUAUAUUUUCUGUAAUAAAUGUAGUUUUCUUAUUUUCCAAACUCUAGAGUCUCAGUGGUAUUGCAUCCAGAAAGUGUGCUGCUCCAAUAGGAAAUCAGUGUUAAGUUCAACUUCUGCCAAGCAUUUAAACCCCAAGUGCCAUCAAUCGUAGCCACUCAGCAGCCAGUAUAGCAGUUUUUGGAUGUAAUUUUUGUACAGACUUAACAAUUCUUGAAGUGUCAUCUCAAGAAAAAAUAUAAAAAGAAGAAAAUUCCUGGAUGCCAAGAUCCAAGUUACGGGCAAGAACUAUUUGUUGAGAGAACUCCAGCAGAGAUUUAAAAUCACAAAAUAAGCAGCAAGUUAAAGUGUGGAAAUAUAGGCUGUAAAACCUUCUAAGUGAGUUUCACAAUUUCUUCCUUUAAAAGUUCCUUCCAGACUUUCCCUCUUCCCCCAGCAAAGGAAAAGACCACAUGUUUGAUAGGGUUACUUACAAACCCUGAGGAUCAUCUAGUCCAACCCCUGCAAUGCAAGAAUGGCCAUCCAGUCUUUGCUAAAAUCCUCCAAGGAAGGAGAGUCCACCACUGUCUGAAGAAGUCCGUUCCACUGUCAAAUAGCUCUUGCCUUCUGAAAGUUAUUCCUGAUGGAAUCUCCUUUCUUGUAACUUGAAGCUUCCCGAGCAGGAGAAAACAAGCUUGCUUGCUUCCUCUUCCAUGGGACAGUCCUUUAGAUAUUUGAAGAUAUUUAUUUUCUAGGCUAAACAUACCCAGCUCCUUCAACCAUUCCUUAUAAGGCUUAGUUUCCAAACCCUAGAUCAUCUUGGCUGCCCUCCUCUGCACAUGUUCCAGUUUGUCAAUAUCCUUUUUAAAUUGUGGUGUAUAGAACUGGAAACAGUAUUCUAGGUGUGGUGUGGCCAAGGCAGACUAGAGUGGUACUAAGACUUCAUUGACCUGAACACUUUGAUGCAGCCUAGAAUAGCGUUAGCUUUUUUUUUUUUUGCUGCUGCACCAGUCUAUGGACUCAUGUUAAGCUUGUUAAGCUAGAUUCUCUUCACAUGUACUGUUGGCAAGCCAGUAGUCAGAUUCACGUGUCUUUCCAUAUAUCAGUCACAAAAGUUGCACAGGCAGUAAAACGUAGCUUAGUUCCAGAGUGGUGAAAGUUCCUAAACUAUUGCUAUAGGGAUGUGAGAGAGGCUUGUAAAAGCCAUGUGGCUGGAGCACUGAGCUUAGACCUCCUCACACAUUGAGUUCACGGGUAGACUGGGAGGGAAUAAAGGCUUGAUUACCUUUUUCUAGAGCUGGACAAUAUAUUGGUAAAUUGUCAGAAACUUGUGUGGCGUCCAGAUCGUGAGACUGGUUUCAGACAUUUUGGGCUGGCAGUACAUUGCUCCAGCUGAAAUUGCCUGCAGAGACUUCCUGCCCCCUAGCUGAACAGUUUAACGAAGACUCUAUGGCCCUCUGGCUCACAGUUAAAAACAAUUUUUUGGUUUUUUUGAAAGGCGAUUAAAAUCAAGAAUUGCUGAAAAGAAAUAAAGCACACAUAACUUCUAUUUGUCUGGAUGGGUUUGUUAGAACAAAAAUAUUUUAAGGAUGUGCUAAAAAGAGUAGAGUGAAGGUGCUUGCCUGGUGUUAGUAGCCAAGGAGUACCAAAGUGUAAGUCCAAGCUGUUAAGGGCUUUAUAUAAUAAAUGUAACAAUUUGACCUUCUGGGUUGACAUUCUGGGAAAAUAAAGAUGGUCGGCAGCUGCUGGUAAGUACAGUUGUACCUUGGAUCCUGAACGCCUUGUGAGUCGAACGUUUUGGCUCCCGAAUGCUGCAAACUCGGAUGUGAGUGCGAACGUUCUUUGGAAGCUGAACAUCCGACACAACUUCCGCAGCUUCUGAACGUUUUGGAAGCCGAACGGACAUCCGGAAUGGAUUCUGUUUGACUUGCGAGGUACCACUGUACUUUAUUUUGAAGCAAGCCUUGCCAGGAUUAAAAAACAGAAAAAAAACCGCAGCAGUGGCACAACUGUCUGAGGAUAUUCUGGCACCAAUGAGCACAGCGUAAGGGACUGCAACUUUAGAUGGUGAAAUAUAAGUAAGUAGUGAAAUAUAAGAAAGUAGAGGGGAAUAUGGGGGAGGGAAUUAAAUAUUGCCGUUAAUAACUUUCAGAUCUUCUAGUGUGCCUUCCUACCGCUGAGAGAAAGUUCUUUGACACCUGCAUAACAGUGGCUUGAUGGUGAUGUUUGCAUUAGUUAUUAAAUUGCCAUGAAACAGGAUUCAUUAGUGAGUAAGAAAGGGUUACUAAUUAACUUCCUAGUAACUUACUGGAUGAGGUGUGUUCCAUGAGGACCGAUUCUCUGUGUGUAAAUAUGCCAUAUGAGUGAGCAAAGUAGGAAAUCUUGUCACUGCUGCUUGAAUAACUUUGUAUUUUCUAUAUCUUUCAUUUUGUAGUGGCUGUUGUGCCCUAUUCUAAAGGGAACAUGAGAUUUGCUCAGCAAGACAAUCAGAAAUUCUAA